CCCCACCCGGCCACUUUAUUAUACAUAUCCUAGCUUGCUGCCUAUCCAGGCAUUUCUACUUUAAACAUGUUCGAGUUCGUCGAGAUUACCCUAUUUCUCCUCUUAAUAUCUAUACUGUUCACUUCUCAACUUCUACAUCUCGUUGAUAUUACUCUUGAUUUCUUAGGCGCACCUAGCAUCAUGGACCGCGGAAGAGGAGGUAUGCUUGGUAGGAUUCCUAGGCGAAGGAACCCUUUAUUCCGUCGCAGAGACGUAUCGCCACCAAAUUUCACUACCUCAUAUGAGAUCACACCUGAAGAUGCUUUGGAGGUGAGGGACAUAUUGUCCGAGGAUAGGAACCUACCUCCUGAGCUAGUUGAUAUGAUACUCGAAUAUGCUGAAUAUUGGGCUUGUUCCGUCGCCGUGCUUGAUUGUGCUGAUCGCCCGGACGGUCGCAUCUCGAUUCGUGGUGGAGGCCAAGGCGAGAAUCAAUUCUUGCUUCGCACCGAACCUCUGGGCCUUAACAAAUGGUCACCGCUCAGCCAUGAUCUUUGGAAAACUCAGUCUGCCCCAAAAUCUCUUGAAAAGGAGUAUCCUGAGUCCAAUUUACACGAGUUCAUAGAAGGACCCGUUUCCACAUUGGAGCAUCCAUUCCGAAAAGUGGUCUUUGAUAUUGUGAGUUGCGACCAGGGUUGGAGUAGUCACCAUGACGAUUACGGUACCUAUCGCAAUUCUUUUACCUGGUUUGAUGUGGGAUUGGAGCGUUUCGAUAUGAAUAAUGAAUGUCCCCCCACGUGCUCUGAUCGACAAAACUCGGAUAGCUCAAGCAAGACCGCAAACAUCCCAACUUGUGCAAUCCGUUCCGUUUGGCCUCCUGUUAUAAAUGACACAAGCAACGAUUCCGCUAUGAAGUACAAACAUGAAUUACUUCCCACUGAGGAUCAUUGUAUACAACGGAACAAACACGCCGAAAAGAAUAUGCAACACCAUCAUAUUGAAUGGUCUUGGGACGACAAUAUCAACCCAGAACUUCCAGCAGCAAACGAAUUGGAAGAGAUUGGCCGAGGUAGAAGUACUGGCAAUGGCGAAUUUAUCAGGAACUUGAAAUUCGGGGACAUGAUUACUGUUUGGGGUCGUGCAAGAUUUGGAGGGUGGAGCAAUAACGUCCAGAGCGUUAAAGUUAAGCUGUACUGGGCAUUCUAAAACAACGGCGCGCAUCCUCAAGUUGAUAUCCUUAUGAAGCACUUGCUAUUUCGAAACUAGUAUUGAUAAUGAUGACUGAUACCUAGGUAAUGUGCGAAAUCUGUGCGAAUUGCCUUGGUACUAUGAUCGCAUGUCUAUCCUCCAGCAUGUGAAUUGGUUAACGUCUAGCAUCUAAGAUACCGUGCUCAAUGCUUAAGGAACACAUGGAACAGCUAGUGCC